GGCGCGCGGGGAGCCCCGCGAUGCGGGCCCGGCUGCUGCGCGCCUGGCGCGAGGGGCCGCCAUGGCGGGUCCUGUUCUUCGGCACAGACCGCUUCGCCGUCACCGCCCUGCGAGCGCUGCGGGCCGCCGGAGAGCCCAGCGAGGACCCGCUCGUGUCGCGGCUGGAGGUGGUGACCCUGCCGUCCCGCCUGCCCGGGGACCUGCCCGUGAGGAGCUGUGCCCGGGAGCUCCAGCUGCCUGUGCACGAGUGGCCGCACACGGGGCCCGCGGGGCAGUUCGAUGUGGGGGUGGUGGCAUCGUUCGGACGCCUCCUGAGCGAGGACCUGAUUCUGCAGUUCCCAUAUGGUGUUCUGAACAUCCAUCCCAGCUGUCUCCCACGAUGGCGUGGUCCUGCACCCGUAGUCCACACUGUGCUUCAUGGUGAUAGAGUGACUGGGGUAACAAUUAUGGAAAUAAGACCAAAAAGGUUUGAUGUAGGUCCAAUUAUUAAGCAAGAAGAGGUUGCUGUUCCUCCCCACUGUACAGCACAGGAGCUGGAAGGGAUAUUAGCAAAGAUGGGUGCAAACAUGCUGUUGGCAGUUUUGAAAAACUUGCCUGAAAGCUUAAAAAACAAAAAAGAGCAGCCAAAAGAAGGAGUAACAUUUGCUCCUAAAAUUUCUAUAGCAAAGAGUUGUAUAAAAUGGGAGGAGCAAACAGCUAAACAAAUAAUUCAACUGCAUCGUGCAAUAGGAAGUAUGUUUCCUUUGCAGACGCUCUGGAAGGGCACUACUGUUAAACUUCUGGAUUUUGUGGAAGUGGAUAAUAUCCCUGGUUUUGCUGAUCAAAUACUAAAUGACUGUGAAGCUGUUCCUGGUUCACUGCUGUUCCAUAAAGUGUCCCAGACACUGAUAGUUCGAUGCAAGGAAGGCUGGGUUGGAAUCAAAACAGUCAUAUUAAAGAAGAAGCUUACAGCAGUUGACUUCUACAACGGAUAUAUGCACUUUUGGUUCCAACAGAGUCCACGGACAGUUCAUCAGGAAUGCAGAUUUCAAACACUCAAACUUAGCACAGCAAAAAAGACUCUGAAAGAGAGGGGACUAUUGGCACAGGAUAUAAAACAAUAGAUGUAUUUUAAAAUGUCUGUAAGUUAAUAGAAAUAUAAAAUAUUUCAAAGCCCACCUAUAACAUUCAGCUUAAUUAAGGGUUUCCUCCGAAAGUGUUUGAUCCUACUGUCAUCUGCAUAUUUUCAUCGUGGGUUCCUGAUUCCUCCUCUUUCCCCAUGAAGGAGGAGAGUCUCUGAAUGCUGAAGGUGGUAAAUAAAAUCCCCAUUUCCACUGUUGAGAAAUAAAUUUAUUUUUAUACAACGUUU